AUGGCGAGUGGCGGUGGCGAGCAGAAAGUGGUGCUGAUCACCGGCUGCUCCUCUGGGAUCGGACUGAGGAUCGCCGUGCUGCUGGCCAGAGACGAACACAAGCGUUACCAUGUUAUUGCCACUAUGAGAAACCUGAAAAAGAAGGACCAGCUGGUGGAAGCAGCGGGUGACGCUUAUGGCAAGACCCUGACACUGCUGGCAUUGGAUGUGUGUAGUGAUGACUCGGUCAAGCAGUGUAUUGACAGUGUAAAGGACCGCCACAUCGAUAUUCUCAUUAAUAAUGCAGGAGUGGGUUUGCUGGGACCCGUGGAGAGCAUCAGUAUGGACGAGAUGAAGAAAGUGUUCGAGACCAACUUCUUCGGAACGGUGCGCAUGAUAAAAGAGGUCAUGCCAGACAUGAAGAAGAGGCGAGACGGCCACAUUAUCGUCAUGAGCAGUGUAAUGGGCCUGCAGGGUGUGGUCUUCAAUGAUGUGUACACGGCUUCUAAGUUCGCCAUAGAGGGCUUCUGUGAGAGUAUGGCUGUGCAGCUGCUGAAGUUUAAUGUCAAACUGUCUAUGAUCGAGCCAGGCCCAGUGCAUACAGAGUUUGAAACCAAGAUGAUGGAAGAAGUGGCCAAGAUGGAGUAUCCAGGAGCAGACGCAGACACUGUCAGAUACUUCAAGGAUGUGUACAUUCCAUCAUCCAUCGAUAUCUUUGAGGCAUUGGGACAAAGGCCUGAUGACAUCGCUAAAUGCACCAAGAAAGUGAUUGAAUCCAGCCGACCUCGAUUCCGGAAUCUGACCAACAACCUCUACACACCCAUUGUGGCCAUGAAAUACGCGGAUGAGACCGGAGGACUUUCAGUGCACACAUUUUACAACCUGCUCUUUAACUUUGGCUCGCUUAUGCACAUUACCAUGAGCAUCCUCAAAUGCCUGACAUGCAACUGUCUGCGCAGACGCACCAUUUCUCCUGACUGAAGAGGGCAGCAGUGAGACGCACACACUCACACUUCCCUCAGUUUACAGAAGAAUAGGACACAACUCAAUGCAACAAGCAGGAUAAUACAAUACCUCAUAUGAGUAUUCCACAUUGAAACACAUAAAAAAAAAAAAACAUGCACAUGCAUUUUUGUUUUAAUGCUAGCAACUCUAUUCAUCAGAACAACUUCGUAACAACAGAUGUAUUAAAAGAGUAGGUGGGUUAUGUUAUUCCAUGAUUGUGAAUUAUGAAGCAUUUUAGUCUGUAAAAAAUAAACAGACCAUGUUCACAAUCAAGUGAAAAAUAAUCACAUAGCUGCCUUCAUUUGUACUAAUGACGUACAUGGAAAUGUCUCUGUCUUAUGUUUAAAAUCUGUUUUUCUCCUUUUAUAAGCUAAGUCUAUGUUUUUUAUUUGAAUUAACUUGAACAUUUAGGAGGUCUUAAAGCUUUAUUUAAAGAUGUGCUGAUUUUGAACCUAAAUAACAAUGUAAUGUGAUCGUUUUGCUCAAGGCUGGAAGCGUAUUAAAGCGUAGUUUUCACUUGUC